UGACUGCGCCCCACUCCAUCCCGUGAUGCCCGGGCCUGUUUUUCAAGAUGACGGAGAACUGUGCUCCUGACGAUCCCUGGAACAAAGUAAGCAAAACGACUGAAGAGCAGCAAAAACUAACGACAAACAUUUCAGCUGACCCAACCUACAGUGACAGUGGAUUUGACCCAACUUUCUUUGCAGAUAGCACUAGGAAAGGGAGUCUAGUCUCCAGAGCUAACAGUGUUGGAUCUACAAGUGCAUCGUCUGUACCCAACACAGCUGAUUGCAUGACAGACAAUGAUUGUUCUCCAACUGCAGAUGAUGAAGACAGCGAUUACCGGCACGAAACAUCCUACAAGGAGUCCUACAAAGACCGACGGAGGCAGGCGCAUAGUCAGGCGGAGCAGAAAAGACGAAAUGCUAUCAAGAAAGGCUAUGAUGAUUUACAGGCAAUCGUUCCAACAUGCCAGCAACAAGACUGCUCUGUCGGUUCUCAGAAAAUAAGCAAAGCCACUGUCUUACAGAAAACUAUUGACUACAUCCAGUUUUUACACAAAGAGAAGAAAAAGCAGGAAGAGGAUGUCUCCACUCUCCGGAAGGACGUUAUGGCAUUGAAGAUUAUGAAAAUUAAUUAUGAGCAGAUUGUGAAAGCCCACCAGAACAAUCCCCACCAUGGGAAGGGUCAGGUGUCGGACCAGGUGAAGUUCAGCAUUUUCCAGAACAUCAUGGACUCCCUGUUUCACUCCUUCAAUUCCACGAUCUCUGUGACGAGCUUCCAGGAGCUCUCUGCUUGUGUCUUCAGCUGGAUUGAGGAACACUGCAAGCCCCAGACACUCCGGGAGACCGUGGUCGGAGUGCUGCACCAGUUAAACAGCCAAUUGUACUGAAACGGUGCCGUCAAGCCCAGCGGCAGGAGUGGUGGGAUGAUUCCAUGCCUGACCGUUUCAGUAAGACACAUAUGUUUGUUGCUGCUUUUUAAAAUCUCCUGCAGGAUUCCAAAAUGCUGGGUGGAAUGCAAGAGUUAAAAGGAACUGGGUGUAAUUUUUAUUACAUGUUAGCAAAUAUACAGAUGUACCAUUAAAACCCAAAUCUCGUAAAUGCUGUUUUUAGCUGCAUGUCAUUUUUCCGUUGCAGUAAACCUGUAUUCCAGUUUCUGAACACUUUUGUUAUUCACUUAGGGGUUAAUUGCAACGAGCUUGAGAAUGUAUUCCUUAGUUCUGUACUAUCUGCAGGUCAUCUCCAGCUCUGUUCUGUCUUUUUAGUACUAGCUAGUGACAUCUGACAGAUAGGCUUUUUGCCGAAAACCCUUUCAUUGUAAGCAGACUCCAGAUAAGGUUUUGGGUCAGUCUCCACUUUAGACACUGUGAGUAAAAUGCAACAUUACCUUAGUCUUGUA